AUGGUUUUAAAAAAUGAUUUAAAGGAUGAGCAAACAGAAUCUAGAGUCGAUAUUAAUUUCGAACAAGGACUACCAGUGGAAUUCGAUAUUUUCACUGCCAAAUUUCAUUUCGUUGAUUUAGCUGGAUCGGAAAGAUUAAAACGAACUGGUGCUACUGGGCAUCGUGCAAAGGAGGGAAUAAGUAUUAAUUGUGGAUUGUUAGCACUGGGUAAUGUAAUAAGCGCCUUAGGUGGAUCAUCAGGAAGAGUAAGUCAUGUGCCAUAUCGAGAUUCUAAACUAACACGUUUGUUACAAGAUUCUUUGGGAGGAAACAGUCGAACCUUAAUGAUUGCAUGCGUUAGUCCAUCAGAUUGUGAUUUUGUUGAAACACUUAAUACAAUGAAAUAUGCGAAUCGAGCAAAGAAUAUCAAAAACAAGGUGAUAGCCAAUCAAGAUAAAUCUAGCAAAUUGAUUAGUCAAUUACGAAAUCGAAUAACUCAGUUGGAAACAGAGCUGGCUGAUUAUAGACAAGGAAGAAUUGUUAUGAGCACAAAUGGAAUGGAAACUUUUAAUGACCAUUAUCGAGAAAAUCUUUUGUUACAUGCUGAUUCAGCUCAAUUGCGAAUUCGAAUAAAGGCUUUGCAAGAAACAGUGGAAAUGAUGAAGGCUAGGAAUAUUCAGUUAUUAGCUGAAAAAGAGGAAAGUAAUUUUGAGCGACCAUUAGGUAACGUUGUUUUGACUUUAUCUAAAGAUUUGGAAAUACUGAAAUUAAUGAUCAAUUUUUUUCUGAAGCUAUUAUUUUUUAGAACUAUGCUGAUGGAAUCGAAUGCAACGGCUGAGCAACUAAGAAGACAAGUGAAUCAUUUAAAAACUUCAAUGUCGAAUAAUUUUUAUUUAAAUGCAGUUGAUAUGAAUGCAUCGAUAUACAAUGAUCUUCCAGCAUCUCCAACGUCUGUACUGAUUUUGGAAGCAAAAGCGGACAUUGAUCGAAUGAAAAGAUCUUUCUAUGAUGAUUUGGAAGAUAAUCGAACUGCUGGAAAUAUCGCUUCUCCCACUCCUCUUAAUUUAGAAAGUGCGACUAAUGAUGAAGCAGAAACAAGAAAGGAUAUUAAUGAUCGAUGUCUAAGGAACGAUCGACUCCUUACUGAAAAUUUAUCCACCGAUUCUUCUGUUGGCGAAGAAUAUGGAUUUGACGAUGAUGAUGAAGAUGAUCGUGCUGAAAGAGAAUGUUUGAAGUUACGUGAUGAUUUGGUCGAACUUCAACAAGAAAUUUCAAUAAAAGAACGACUUGUUACGGAACUUGAGCGUAGUGAACUUCGAUUGGCAGAAGUACGAUUAACAUAUGAAAAAAAACUCGCUGAAUUAUCGGUACGAAUUGCCGCUACCGAAGCGGAAAGAGAUCGCAUUCUUGCUGAAAUGGAAUCGAAAAAUUCGAAAAAAAUCGAUGUUGAACACGUUAAGAAAGUUCGUGAAGAAUAUGAAAAAAAACUCAAUACAAUGCGUGAAGAAUUUCGAAAGCUGCAGUCAGUGGAACGCGAACACCGUCGAAUGCAAGCUCGACAAGCUGCUGAAUUGCAACAGUUGGUCAAGCUUCGCAGUGAGCUAUCGGAAAUGAAAAGAGCAAAAGUUGGCAUAUUUAUUGUUAAAAUCCAAUUAAUACAAAAAUUAAAAGAAGAAACAAAACGUGCAAGAGUUAUAGAAACUGCCAAUUUAAGAAAAUUGGAUGGUUUAGAAAAAGAAGCAAGAAAGAAGGAUAAUAUGAUUCGCCAGCUAAUGAACAAGGAUCGCCAAAGGGAAUUGUUUUUAAAACGGUCGACUGAUGAAAUCAGUCGACUCCGUCAGCAACAACAAUCUCAUCAAAUGAUACAUCGGAAAAUAACACAAAAACAAAUUAUAACGAAAAUGGAAGAAGAAUUAGAAAGACGGGUGAAUGAACGUCGCCAACUUUUUGAUGAAAUUCAACGUCUUAUGGAUCAGUUCGUUAAAAUGAGAAAAGUGAACGAAAGGGAUGUGAUUGGAGAACUUAUAGACGGUAAUCAAGAAAAGCUUCAGUAUGUCGAAAAUCAGAUCAAUGAGAUCCAAAAGGCAAUAAUUGAGAUUGACAACGACAAGGAUCUACUUCAAGUUCAUUGA